AUGAAUCCAGCAAACGAAAGCAGAGCCGGCAGACACGAGGAGCGGUCCGUCUUCGCUGUCGGUACCUACAAACUUCUGACGGUCAUCAUCGGAACCAUCGGAGUCUUUGGGUUCUGCAACAACCUGCUUGUGAUUCUGCUGUACUGUAAAUUCAAGCGCCUCCGGACCCCCACCAGCCUGCUGCUGGUCAACAUCAGCCUCAGCGACCUUCUGGUUUCUGUCGUCGGGAUCAACUUUACGCUGGCUUCGUGCGUCAAAGGGAGAUGGAUGUGGAGCCAGGCGACGUGCGUCUGGGACGGGUUCAGCAACAGCCUGUUCGGCAUUGUUUCCAUCAUGACUCUAGCAGCUCUGGCUUAUGAGCGCUACAUCCGGGUGGUCCACGCCCAGGUGGUCGAUUUCCCGUGGGCGUGGCGGGCCAUCGGCCACAUUUGGCUGUACUCUCUGGCGUGGACGGGGGCUCCUCUGCUGGGCUGGAACCGCUACACUCUGGAGAUCCACCAGUUGGGCUGCUCCCUGGACUGGGCAUCUAAAGACCCAAACGAUGCUGCCUUCAUCCUCCUCUUCCUCCUUGGAUGCUUCUUUGUGCCUGUUGGUAUCAUGAUUUACUGCUACGGGAACAUCCUCUACGCAGUGAGAAUGCUACGCUCCAUUGAAGACCUCCAGACAGUUCAGAUUAUCAAGAUCUUGCGGUACGAGAAAAAAGUGGCUGCAAUGUUUCUGCUGAUGAUCUCCUGCUUCCUGGUGUGCUGGACCCCCUACGCUGUUGUGUCCAUGAUGGAGGCCUUUGGCAAGAAGAGCAUGGUGUCUCCAACCGUGGCCAUCGUCCCAUCCUUCUUUGCCAAGUCCAGCACAGCGUACAACCCCCUAAUCUAUGUGUUCAUGAACAGAAAGUUCCGGCGCUGCUUUCUGCAGCUGCUUGGCUCACGGCUCUGCUCAAAGAUCUCCUGGCUUCAGUGCACCCUGAAAGAACACCCCCUGACUCCAGUGGAGCGCCCAAUCCGACCGAUCGUUGCAUCCACGUCAUGCGGCAGCCGGCAUCGGCCCAAAAAGAGAGUCACCUUCAAUUCAUCCUCCAUUGUCUUCAUGAUCACUGGGGAUGAGUUCCAGCAGCUAGACGUUACCUCCAAAAGCAGGAACUCCUCAGAGGCCAACGUUUUUCACGUGAGGCCAUUGUGA